AUGGAGAAAGUACAUCGAACCCCUCCUCCUUUGAAGGAUCUGGCAGAUGUGAUUGAGCGUGCUCUUCGAACAAACUUCGAAUCAGCGCACGCAGAAGUGGUUGAAUGUCCCGAUCUUCGCCAACCACCCUUCCAACUCACUGCCCCAGGCCUCUCCGGCUCCCCGGUUAUCAGCGAUGUCGGCGGUCCGCACCAGCUGUUUCCAGCCCCCGACUUCGCCAAGAAAUACUCACUCCUCUCCAUCGCCCAAGACAUGGAGAUGUCUCCCAGCGGCGGCUUCCUGAUCGGCGCGGGCGCCGCCCCAUUCCACGAAAUUGGCCAGAACGCCGAGCUGGCGCCCAAUCUGUCCUGGCGACCAAAGACCCCAUCCGACGAGGAUACCACUCCAGCCUCACCACCAUCAUUCAACGAGCCCUCCUCACUGGCCAUCACGAAUGGCACCCGGGUGAUUGAGGUUGACCGCGAGGGCGCCACGCCCCGCACCACCCUCUCCGCGACGACCAAUUGCGCCCUGAUGGUUAACCUCUACGGAUGCUCGGGUCAACCAGGCCCAGUGAUCAGGGUGGCCGCACGGACGCGAACCGGACCCCAGAACUUUACGAACUGCAUCCGCCUGGGGAUCUGCGACGCCUACGGCGACGACCAGCCCGUCUCGCUGGGCGGGGUCUUCCUCCUCAAGCGCGGCACCGCCAAGUUCCACAUCAUGCCGGACUUCCCGCCGCAGCUGCCCUUCCGCGACCGCGCCCAGCUCGAGCACGAGUGGCUCACCUACCAUGCCUUUGCGGCCCCCGUCGUCUGCUUGACCGUCAUGCACAGUGCGGAUCCCGAGGGACUGGGUCUGCGCAUGGAGCACACGCACUGUUUCGAGUCAGAGGGAGACCGGAAGGGAGGGCAUUAUCACUAUGAUCUCUCUGGAGAGGAGAGCGUGGAAUAUGAGGCUUAUCUGAAUGUUGCUGAGAUGGUGUAUCGCAUGGAUGGGCCCAACGACCGGUAG